ACGUGAUUUGCGAAUGAUUCCUGCACCGCAGCACAUCGCCUAGGUAGUUCCCGCUUUCGCUCGUAUUGCCGUCCCUGCUGCCUGUCCCGUCGCCGACUGCCGACACAAUGCGCAUAAGGUUAAGCCCUUACGACGAUGUGGCGGUGUUGGAACAGCAGGUGAACGCUGUGGACCAGCCGGAAAAUGUUCACGAACUGGAGCUCACCAAUUGCGUGGUUGCGGACCCGGACGACCUUUGCCGGUGCGUAAUACGCUGCACGGAGCUUCGGAUUCUUUACUGCGUCUCGUGCGGGAUAAGGUUGAAGUGCCUGAUAUUCACUGUUCUGCCAAAGCUGCCGCACUUGAGCCACCUCGAGUUGACGCUCGACGAAAGCGUGGACAGGGAGGAGACGUUGACAAUUCUGGGCAUGCUGCGAGCCACCAAAACAAUUUCCGGGAGCAUUCGCCACUUGUACGUCGAAGUUUCCGGCUCGCUAAGAAUCCGAGUGCUCAGCGCAAUGUUGCAGAAGCUGCCGAACGUGACCGAACUGCACGUUCACAUUCUGCGCGAGGUGAUGAGCGAAGCGAUUCGCGGUGUCGAAAGUUUAUGGCGCCAGACUCACAGUGUGCAGUGCUUCAAGAUGACAUCCGAAACUCCUGUCGAAGCUCAGCGAGAACCCGCCGCGGAUAGGCCGUUGGAAGAACUGGAUUUCGGUAACUGGGCCAGCGUUUGCGGCAACCUCCUGGUUCGUCGAAACCCUCGCACCAGGAACUGCUUUCGCGUGAGCGAUUUAGCCGUUCUUGCCGAACCGCUGCAUCCUACCGAGCCGGUUAUCGUGGUGAUUAGCAACGACGAGGGGGUACCCACGCAAGUGCAAAUACGCGAAGCGGGGCUGCGGAGCCGCUGGUGCGACGUACGGAGCCUCACUCUAGUUCUCGUGAGGUCUGGUGAUGCUUCCCAGGAAGUUGCGCGCGCCAACGCCGACAUCGAGGGCGGGCUCGUGACCUUCUUCGGGCGUUUCAAGGGUGAUGCCGGCGGUAUCGGACACCUCAAGGAACUGAACCUGAGUUCCUUCCACUUCGAGGACGAGGUGGAUUUCAUGCACGUGUUGAGCGAAGCCGGUCUGACGACGCUCACUGCGCUCUCCGUCACACCUUGCGGCAUUUGGCACCCAGGUGCGCUGGGACGGCUGUCGACCACCUGCACCGAGCUGGACGACCUGGAUGUUCGCGUCUACACGACUUAUCGAACGUGUUCCCGCUGUUGGCAGCCUCUGGAACUGAGUGACGUGGCAGGCAGUCAUCUAAACCGAGGUCGGCUGACCUUCUCCAACGUGCCUGAUUUUGCUUCGCUUGACUUCCUGAGUACGUCCCACAUAUCCGAGCUUCGCAUGUCGGGCAAGUGCAAAGGCGAUGCGAUGGCCCACGUGAGGGCCGUGAUCCAGAAGGUGCGGCCAAAUGCCUUGCUGCGCUGUCUCGUGCUCAACUUUGAAGACUUGGACUUCGACCAAGACACGUUCAAGGACCUGCCGAUGCUCCUGGGCUUACGCUUCCUGUGUCUGCAGACGCCCAAUGUGCACAGCGUAGUCGCCGUGGAGGGCUUCAUCGAAUGGGUGGCCUCGCACUCGUAUUCGCUCGAAGUCCUGCACGUGCAUUUCACGCACAACAUAACGGGACUUACGGAGCGGUACACGUGGGUGCGCAACGCCGAGACAGCCGAGGAACUUCAGUCGGGCAACGACGCGAAUCCACCAGGUCCGAUGCCGGGCACAGUCUUUACCGACAGACCGUGCGUGAUCUGUUCGACGCAGACGUUCGUGGGGCUCAUCAAGCCCCACAACCGAGGCUCCAGGACGCAAGUGUAGAAUGCCUCGAGUCGUUUUGAUGACAUAACGGACGUUCUUCUUUCACGUUGAUUUGGCUCUCUGUACCCAAUAAACUGCUAAUUUCUUUGAAAAAAA